CUGACCCAGCAUUCCCGCGCACACGUCAAAAACGCAUCGAGAUUCCAUGGCAAAGUUUCACUCACCUUUGUAACCUUGUAAGCAGCCCACGCAUUCUCCACCCUAUAAAAUCAGGCCCUUCCGUGGGACGCACCUUAGUUCUUCGCAAGACUUCAACUUGUCAAGAAGUGAGUCUUUCGUCUCUACGUCUUCGGCGGCAAUCUCUGUAGCGAUUUUCUCCACAGCGUUUCUUCGCGCCUUCGUCAACCAAACUCUACAGAAGGAACAAUGACUGGGCCCAGAGUUUUCCUGACCGUGCUGGCGUGUCUGGCGGGGCUGCUGUCGACGGUCGGCGCUACCGUGCUGUUGUCUGAAGUACCGUGCAAGGGCGACACGACCAAGCAAAAGUACACCCUGGUGUUCGAAGGUCUGUGGUCGGCCAAGAGGUUCCCCAAACAGUACCCGAUCUACCGACCAAAGGCGUCAUGGUCUUCUCUUGUCGGAGUAACCCAUAACGACGAAUACACACUCUGGCACAAGGGAGAGAUAGCCUCGGAGGGAGUCAAGUUGUUCGCUGAGAAGGCUGGCAGCUUUAAGCUGUUCUCUGACUUCGCAGACUCCAAGGGAACCAGUGGCAAGUUCUUUGCGGACGAGAUCAAGAAUAAGGGAGUUGGAGAGAGGAAAACAGACUUUGCUAUCGAUGCUGACCACUCGAAGGUGUCGUUCAUGGUGAAGAUUGUGCCCAGUCCAGACUGGUUUGUUGGGCUGGACAGUAAGGAUCUCUGUCAGAACGGGAAGUGGAUUGACCAAUUCUCUACCAGGCUGGGACCAUGGGACGCCGGCACAGACAAGGGGUUCACAUUCACCUCCCCUAACUGGGCAACAGUGCCACAGGAACCUGUGUUCCAGAUCAGCUCGACGUUCCCCAACCACCCCGCCAACUCGUUCUACUACCCCAGUCUGAGGAAGCUGCCGGCUCUGGCCAGGGUCACGCUCACCCGGGAGGGCGCUGACCUCUCCAAGCUGGACGAGCUGGCUGAGCUAGUGGACGAGGCAGAGGAGGUUGUUUCCAUGGACUGUGAGGUCUCAAACUGGUCUGGCUUCAGUAGGUGUAACAGGCGGUGUGGUGGCGGCAUCAAGGCGCGAUCACGGUACGUCAAACAAAAGCCACUGAACGGUGGAAAACCAUGCCCCCAGUUGGCUGAGAUUCAACAGUGCAAUACGGACCCAUGUGACGCCCCGAAGCCUGUCAAAACUAACGGUCUCUCCAAGUCAAAAGAGCCAGUCAAAGCUGUUGAAGAAGUCAAGGAGAAACCUGAGGUUGUUGCCGUGGACUGUGCGGUGUCGAAGUGGUCUGAUUUCAGCAAGUGCAGCAGGAGUUGUGGCGGUGGCAGCAUGGCGCGGUCCCGUAACAUCACACAAAAGCCGCUGAACGGUGGAAAGCAAUGCCCUGAGCUGUCUGACAGGAAACAGUGCAACAUGGAAGCCUGCCCUGUCAUCAAGUUCAUCAGUGACAACGAGCCAGAAAAGUCGGCCAACUCUGUGGAGCAAGGUGAAGAUGAACCGAAAGUUGUUGCCACGGACUGUAAGGUGUCAGUCUGGUCCAGCUUUAGCAGGUGCAACAGGAGGUGUGGCGGUGGCGUCAUGGUCAGAGCACGAACCAUCACACAAAAGCCGUUGAACGGUGGGAAGCCAUGCCCUGAGUUGUCCGAGAGGAGGGAGUGCAACACGGAACCCUGCCCUGUCACAAAGGCUACUAGUAUCAGCGAGAACGAUAUCCCUAAGCCAGAAAACUCAGCCAAAUCCGUGGAGGAAGUGGAAGAGAAAGUUGUUGCCACGGACUGUAAGGUGUCUGCCUGGUCCGGUUUCGGCAGGUGCAACAGGCGGUGUGGUGGUGGCGUCAUGCUCAGAGCACGAACCAUCACACAAAAGCCGUUGAACGGUGGGAAGCCAUGCCCUGAGUUGUCCGAGAGGAGAGAGUGCAACAUGGAACCCUGCCCUGUCACGAAGGCUACUAGUAUCAGCGAGAACGAUAUCCCUAAGCCAGAAAAGGCGGCCAACUCUGUGGAGGAAGUUCAAGUUGAAACUGAAGUUGUUGCCACGGACUGUAAGGUGUCGGCCUGGUCCGGCUUCGGCAGGUGCAACAGGAGGUGUGGUGGUGGCGUCAUGGUCAGAGCACGGACCAUUACACAAAAGCCGCUGAACGACGGAAAGCCAUGUCCUCACCUGUAUGAGAGGAGACGAUGCAAUCUGGAGCCCUGUCCUGUCACGAAGGCCAUCAACGUUGUCCCCUCCAAGCCACAACUGUCAGCUGAGGUUGUAGACGAAGCAGAGGAAGAACCGGAAGUUCGGAACUGUGAAGUGUCUCGCUGGUCUCGCUUCAGUAGGUGCAGCAGAUCAUGUGGUGGUGGUCUCAUGGUACGAUCAAGGUACAUCAGACAAAACCCGCAAAACGGUGGGAGACGCUGCCCUCGGCUGUCAGAGCUCAGACGGUGUAACCUGAACCCCUGUCCGGCCCUGGCGGCUAUCAGCAAUGAUGACAGGCUACAGAGGCUGCUAGCCAGGUUCAGACAGUACGGCCGACGACAAGAGUAGACUUCAGUACAGAAAUGACUACAGCUGUCUGUCUUCACUACUCACAGUAGUGUGAUAAAAUAUUUCAUGUGACGAAAGUGACACUGACAAAUCACCUGCAGGAAAGUCACUCUAACACUAGGUUUGUUUGACUGUGUACUGAUCCAGAAAUAGCACUUUGAUGUGGAUUUACGUAAUAAUGGUUGCUGUGUUUCUAAGUGUGUGUUAUACCUGUACAUACCGUACCGUUAAUGUCAACAGCUCGGUCAUACUGUUGAAAAAAUUGAAAGUUUGAAAUCGCAGCAUAUCAUUCCCUACAGAUGAAGAGAAAAUCAGUGCCAAUCAGUAUAUAAUUCUCUUGUAAGAUAGAACAAAUGUAAAUCCCUUCAACCACUACUGACGAAAGCACAAGAAGAGAGAGUAGGUUGAAGUCGACCGUGCUGCUCAUGGAAUCUGUAUGACAACCAGGGGUGUUAUCACCAGCACAACGUUAUGCAACAAGUCACACUGGAGCACAUUUAUCACGACUAUGCAAGUCACAAAAUGUUUUGAUUUCUUUGAUUAGGUUCUAGUUAGUACUUCAAUGAUUUGUUAUAAAUAUACAUCACCUGCCUUUGCCGGCCAAAGUUAAUCGAUGACAGACAUCAGACGAUUGUGUUUUUUCUAUUAUCUCUGUGUUCACUUUGUGUUUUCGUCUUUGUAAAGGUUAGGUAUUCUAACACCUGUAUGAUAUGUAAGAUACAUUAUAUAAUGCGCGUUACUGGUUCUAACGAUCGAUACCAUCGAUAGUGUAUCAUUUUCUGCAGCAAGAUCACUUCAAGAGAACUAUGAGCACUUCUAUUGUCUCAAUAGACUCUCCGCGCCCUACCCUUUGAAUAACAAACCACUGUACAAUGCAACCUUCCGGUAAAUACAUGUCAGCAGUCCUUAGUUUUGAACACUUUUCUGGUCAUAGAUAGAAAUUACUUUUUGUUGUUAAAAAUGAUUUGAUAAAAGAACUAUGUGUGGCAUAACAGUAUAUUAAGUGUAAAUUUAAAAUAUAAAAGUUGUAUCUCAAUUCUGACAUCAUUAAGUUAUUCUCUACCAAUGAUAAGUUUGUAAAACUGAAUGCUAAGUUUUUGGACACUGACCAAAGAGGUCCUGAUGUAAUUCGAAUGGUUCAUGUAGCCAUGUUAUCUUUUGUAUAAAGUAUUAAUUGGCGAAUAAACCCAAUGACAAAAAUACAUG